AUGUCCAAAGUGCACCUCGAUACGUCCAACUAUCCGUUCAGAUUUGAGCCCUUUUUGCGGCAAGAAUACUCGUUUUCACUAGACCCCGAUCGGCCGGUUUGCGAGUUCUAUAAUCCCAGGGAAGGUCCAUCGUCUUGUCCCAACGGCAAUUCGUGUCCAAACAAACAUGUCCUCCCGAUAUUUCACAAUAAAAUCGUGUGCAAGCAUUGGCUGCGAGGUCUCUGCAAGAAAGGAGAUCAAUGCGAGUAUUUGCACGAAUACAAUCUGCGGAAAAUGCCGGAAUGCGUUUUCUUCUCAAAGAACGGGUACUGCACGCAGUCUCCCGAAUGCCAAUACCUGCAUUUAGACCCCAGUACGAAAAUCCAGGAGUGUGAAGAGUACAAGAUGGGCUUUUGUCCAGCGGGAGCAGGGUGCAAGAAAAGACACGUCAAGAAAACUAUAUGUCCGCGAUAUGUCACUGGGUUUUGUCCUUUGGGCAGGGCGGACUGUGAUCUGGAACACCCACCGUUUGUGAUACCGAACGAGUUGAGUAAACUAAGGAUCAAAAAUGAUGACGAGAUCAACACCAAGAAGCUGGACGAGGAGAAAGAGCGGCGUUUGAACGCAAUUAUCAACGGGGAAGUCCCGGCGUGA